AUGAAUCGUAUCAAAGAUCUUCCUGCGUUAGACAUUCUUUUCAUAUUUGGAUGUCCAAAACUUGCAUCACUGCCAGAGCUCCCUCCCUCGCUCACAGCACUAGCAGUAAACACUUGCGACUCACUGGAGACAAUAACAUCUUUCCCUAUUGACUCUCAAAUUAAGUCACUCUGGUUCACCGACUGCUACAAAUUGGGCCGAGAAGCAAGGAGAGUAAUUACACAGCAAUCAUCUCCCGAGAGAACAUUCUCAACCGGAUGGGAAAUACCUGCGGAGUUCCACCAUCGAGCUCUAGGAAAUUCCUGGACCAUCUCUUCAUCUUUCUACCGAUUUAGAGUUUGCGUCGUGGUUACUCCUAAACCGCAUACCAAAGCGGUUAAUUUUAUUGAAUAUUUUGAUGUAUUGUGUCGCAUAAGCUUAAACGGUUGCCCUAUUGACGAACAAGGGUUUAAGAAUUUCCCCCGCUAUAUCCGAGGGAUACAUCUCGGUAUAUUUUAUUUGGAAUCGCUUAAGAAUUACGGAUGGCUUGAACAGGACAACGAGAUGAAUUCUGUGGAUCCGACAAUAAAUGUAUCUCCGAUGGAAGCUAUAAAUCUUGUUCAGAACAAAUGCCUGGAGACAGACGAUGAAAGUCUCUCAGAUGGGAGCAAUGAUUUUGAUGGAACCAGACUCUUAAACGGUUGCCCUAUUAACAAACAAGACCUCGCGAGUUUCCCCUAUAUCCGAGGAAAACAUCUCUGUAUAUUUAAGCUGGAAUCGCUUAAGGAUUACGGGUGGCUUGAACAGGACAACGAGGUAUCAUUCGAAUUCAGCACCUCAACCCAUGAAUUCGAAAUUGUUGAAUGUGGUGUCCAGAUCUUGACACACGACGAUGAUGAUGAGAGUCUCUUUGCUUGGAGCCAUGAAUCUGAAGACGACGAUGAAAUUGAACGUCUCUUGACUCGCUUAAAGACUCUAUUUGCUGUUAGCCAUGAAUCUGAAGACGACGAUGAAAGUAUCUCUGAUGGGAGCUAUAAAUCUUGUUCAGAACAAGUGUCUGGAGACGACGAUGAAAGUCUCUCUGAUGGGAGCAAUGAGUUUGAUGAAUCCAGACAGUAA